ACUGGGCGUUUCUUUGCCGCUACUUUUACAAAAAAGUGUUGCUGUUGGGCAAGUUUUCACUAACAUUGGCUAUUACAAAACAACCAAAGUAGUGUUAACCCACGUAUUCACAUAAACGUGCCGGUCAAUUGUAGCAAAUAUGGUGCUUUUAACGUUAUGGUCGCAUGCAUAGUAAAGCACUGUUCAGGUGGCGUAGACACCAUUUUCUAACGUUAGCCGUGUAAAUGGUGUAAGACGUGUCUUUAAGCAGUAUAUAUUUACUAUAAUAAGAUGCGGCUAACUCGCUAACUUUUCAGUAACUUUGUUUCGGACUACUUUAAGGGAUCAUCGUCAAACUUGCAGACGCCAGGAGAGGGAGUGUUUAUGCACAGCCAUUCGCUGACUGCGCCACUUUAAGUGAAAUGGGAAGCCUUGAAACCUCCAUGUUUGUAUCUUGAAAUUGCGAGCGGAGUUGAGCACCAUAUUGAAUCAAAGUUGCCAUCUCCAUGACAAAUGUUUUGUAAGUUUCAGACUUCAAACUUUAGCGGGUGGGCUAUCUGAACGGGCAACAACAUCCGACGUGUAAUGGACGUGCUGUAGGCAACUUGUUGCGAUGUUUCCCAGGGCGCUUCUGCUUCGUUGUCGUACACGUUAAGUUGGUUUUAAAUGCACGGAGUCAGCGAACAAUCUCUAACUUUAAAGUGUGAGAUCAGCACUCUGGACCAGACCUGGAUGUGAUGGACAAUCCGUCCUCAAUAAUCACCCAAGUCAGCCGGGAUGAAGAGGGAAAUAAAGCCACAGGAGAGAGGGGUUCUUCACCCUCUCUGUCCUCCAAGAAGCCCAGGCGCGGAGGCCUCUUCUCCAGCCUUUUAUGCUGCCUGCGUCAAGGCCAGCCUCAACCCCCACCAGUCAACAACAAUGCCCCUCUGCUGGUCGAGGAGAACGGAACCGUCUCCAAGAACCAGGUGAAGCCACUGCUGCCUCCAGCAAAGUCAAAACACUCUGGAAAGAUCUGUGUGGUUAUAGAUCUGGAUGAGACGUUAGUUCACAGCUCUUUUAAGCCUGUAAACAAUGCCGAUUUCAUUAUUCCUGUGGAAAUAGAUGGAACAGUACACCAGGUGUAUGUCCUGAAGCGGCCCCAUGUCGACGAGUUCCUGAAGAGAAUGGGAGAGCUGUUUGAGUGCGUCCUGUUCACUGCCAGUUUAGCUAAGUAUGCAGACCCCGUCUCCGACCUCUUGGACAAGUGGGGCGCUUUCCGCUCCCGCCUGUUCCGUGAGUCCUGCGUCUUCCACCGAGGUAAUUACGUCAAGGACCUGAGUCGACUGGGCCGCGAUCUAAACAAGGUCAUCAUCGUGGACAACUCCCCCGCCUCCUACAUCUUCCACCCUGACAACGCGGUGCCUGUGGCCUCGUGGUUCGACGACAUGUCCGACACCGAGCUGCUGGACCUCAUCCCCUUCUUCGAGAGGCUGAGCAAAGUGGAUAACGUCUACACAGUCCUCAAGCACCAAGGGGCCGCAAGCUAACAGUGUUCGACUUCUCAUCUCAGCCCCGAACAAAACGGCGUACAAAACGGAUAUACCCACACCAGCUCCAGCACCAGCACCAGCUCUCACUGCCCACCAGAACACAGACUGCUUCACAGCUGACGGAGCUUUUUACCUUCACAGUAUCAAACCAAGAGAUCACGUUUAGGGACUUUGAUAGCGUCAUCACUGCCACCUCCUGGUCAAACAGAAAAAAAACCUGUAAUUUGCCUUUGUAACUUUCUCCCUAUCAGGCUACCCUGAACCAGCUGAUGUGAGUGAAUGGAUGGAUGCAUUUUUUUUUAAGGACAUUUCUGCGGUGUCACAGAGUGCAGUUAACAAAGCAGCAGUCUGUAGCCAUGAAUCCUGGGUACUGGACCUUCUCAUGGAUUCAUCAGUCUGCUCCUGCAAACGAGGCAGGGAUUUGCUAAGCAGGAAUCAAGUGGAAAGGAAUUUUUCUGGAUGAUUUACAUGCAAAAUAAACUCGAUCAGCCUUGACAUUUGGUCAUUGAAAGAGCAGAUGGUGUAUACGUGCUGUAGAUGUCUUUUUAAACGUUUUGGAAUAACAUCUUUGUCACACACCCUAAUUUUGUGAAUUAUCACACUAGGCUGUCUGCAGUCAAAGCAUAUGUGAUCCUCGGCUGUCAUUUUAGAGUUUUUAGAGCGACGUGAUCAUUUUCAACCAUCAUGACAGCAUUAUGAAAGAAUCUGAUCAGAAAAAGUUGUGAUCGGGAGUUGUUAAAUUCACUAAUAACAAAAUGAUUGGACAGCACUUUGCAAGUACAGUCUAUUUUCUAUAGUACAGUCAACUCCCUUUUACUGCAGUGUAAAAAAAUUUACACAAUUUGUAUACUAAACUCUGCUUACAAAACAGCAUUAAUAAAUGGGGAUAAUUUUUUAGUUUUUGACUGUUUUAAUUCUAGUAUCAAAAUAGGUGGGGGAAAAAUCUUUUUUGCAGCAAGAAGCAAUACAACUUUCUGAACCGUGAGUCAGUUAAGUGGGGGAAAUCAGUGUACACCAUUAAAAUCCCUUCUUUUUUUCAUUGGUAUAGACCAAAAACAAUAACCCAUAUGACAAGCCAAGUAAGACACUAAUAUGAAUAUCAAACCAUCUGCACAUGACAGUGAAAGAGCAGCUGCUUUAAAGAUUGAUGGACAGCCGAAAUGCAAUGUAUCUGCACCCGCGUGUCAAUAGAUGUUAUGACCCCAGAGAAGAGGUCCAGGAUGGACUCCUCCUAUGGGUUCUGUUCCUGCACACAAAACUUGAAUUUCUUACAGCAUUUUUACAGACUGUAUUUGAAUGGUAAGAGACAGUUGUAUGAUGCAAAAAAAGGUUACAGUGUGGUUUGUCGGUUGGGUUCUCAGAAGCUUCAAAAUACAAUGUUUUCUUAAUUUUUUUUUUCUACGCGGUACACAUAGGCUGUAAAAAAAAAAAAUCAGGACUUUGUAAUCGGGAUGUGUUGGGAGAUUUAGUAGAUCUUGAAACAUGAACCGUAAAUGUCCGAUUUUCUUUCGUGUAGUUGCCAUUCCACAUAGACUUUUGGAGAAAUAAAUCCCAGACGAGGCAGAGAUAGUCACAGUACUACUCAUUAAUCAUUCAAGUUGCCAAAAAAAGGCAUUCUGGGAAAUAGAAGUUUAUCAAAAAAUGAUUUGAGGGUGGAAUUUAACCUUUUUUUCUUUUGUUUUCUAAACGCAUUGAUCACAUGCGGGCCUACACAUUGAAUCGGUAUUGUUUUAUUAGCUCUACAUGGUGAUGUUGGUCCAGUCAUUUCGAAGGAGCAGCGUGGCCUCUGGCAGGCCUCUCAUUAUCUCCCUCGUAUGCGUUGACAAUACCGUGUGUUGACACUGAUGAAUGAAGCCGUGGAUUUGACUAAGAGCCUCUGUAGCAGGCUUGUGAUGUGACUUGACCUAGAUGAGGCAGGGGUGACAAUGAAAUCCACCAUAUUACGAGCUAUUACAUUAUUUGUCUAUGUUUAACAAAUUCUUGUCAAUCAAAUGUUCCCGUUUCCCUGAUUACAAUAUUUGCAGCUAGUUUUCCAAAGGGGACACAUGAUUAUAAGACCUGGGUUGGUGACGUUGUAUAUCAAUAAGUAAUAUUUGGCUCAGACAUAUUAGAAAAUGACUAAAAAGAUAGUAUCUUACUGAUGAUAACUUGUGUUGUUGGAAUUCAUCGUCAAACAGGAGUAUUUAUAGGAGCAUUAAGUUGUUUUGUCAGUCAUUUGAUUAGUUAUGUAAAACAACCGUUGUGUCACUACGUGGGCCCAUUCACUGAUACUGUACUUCUCACAUUCAAUAGAUAUGUAUAUUUUGUUUUGCACAGUAAUAAAGCAAACAAAUUGUCAUUAAUAUAUGGAAUAUUCCUGUUACUGUACUCAUGAUUGAUUAGAUGUAACCUAAUUAUUUUUGACCAUUUGUUUUAUCAUACAAAAUUAUAUAUGGACUUUUAUGUAAUAAUGCCUCUUUGUUUUUCAUAAAUGCUAAAUGAAAAAUUGUC